UUACCAUUUCAUUUCGAAACUCGCUGUCGUCUCGUUUCUCUCACCACUCUUCACACUUUUGCCGCCUAAUCGAUCGAUCUUGCCGCGGCGCACUCACAUUUUUCUCUUAUUUUCUUACCGGCAAAAAAUAAACGAAGUAACACAAAUGGCGGCAACAACAGCCGGCGACGGGAAGCGAAAGGCGGCUAGAUGUCUCUUCGGAAAACCCGAUCCAGAAGAGGUUUCUCGACAGCUCAACAGCAGUCUGGAAGAAAUGUAUAAAAAGGAUUCUCGCAAGUUUAAUUUCGAUUUUUCUGGCGGAGUUCCAAUCGUUGGAUCACGAGGAGACUAUGAAUUCGAGUCGAUUUCUGCUUCCGAAGUUCCAAGCUUUUACCGAGAGAAGAUUGUUCGGCCGCGAAAAAUCAUUGCCAGACGGAAUUCAACACCGGUUUCUGACACUGUUGAGAUGCCUUCAGAAUCUCCUCCUGUCGUGGAAUCGAACGAGACUCCACUUUUGAUUGCUUCUACGUCUACUGAAGUAACCGUAUACGAGAAGCCUGUGACCAGAUCGUCUGCUGCUAAACAAUCAAUCGAACAACAGGAGACGUACAACUUGAAGCAGACAAAAUUGACAAAUUACAUGCCAGUUCGAAAGCGCCGUAGUGAGACGUGCCUGGUCACCGCUGCCGUUUCGAUGAGUCGUUCAGUUUCAAUCGACUCGAGCAUGGAAUCUUGCAAGGAAAAACGUGGAAGUAAGAUUGUCCACAACAACAAGGGAGCUCCGAAACGGCCACUUAGAUUUGUUGCAUCAAAUGUGCCAAAGUCCGCACAGUCGUCUACCUCGGAUACUGUUCUAGUUAGUUCGCCUCGUUCGCCACCAGCCAAGAAGAUGACUACCUCGACUCGUCGUUCUCGUCGCCCCAUUGAAGCCGGGGACUUUUGAAUUUGAGAAGCUCGUCAUUCAAUUGCUAGUCAUCAUGCUCUUCAACUUCUUGAGUCUGCCAAUUCAUCUUCUACAGUACCACACAAUCAAUCUCAAUCAGCUGUUCGUCAUAAUUGCAUUCAAAGUGGAACUUUCACCGUCUACUUUUUUAUAUUCAUAAUAUAAAUUGAGUUUGAAAAAUUGCAUAUUUUAUUUUUUUUUUAGAGAAUUUCUCUAUAUAUUGUUUCCUUGUUUCGUAUACCCCAUCCCCCGUUUAUCUGUGAAUUUGAAAUUCCCAUACCCUGUCCAUUUCUGUGUUCUACUCCUGUAAAAAAAGUCCCACCAUAUCCCCGUUUCAAUUUUUCAAAAACUGAAUUAUUUUAGAUAGUUUCUGUUUUUUUCCCUAAUUGGCCCCUUCAUGCCACUCAAAUCAUAGACAUUCUAGUUAUAAAUACCCAUCCCAUUCCGUUAUAUCCUACCUCCCCAGUUACUCUUGUUAAAUGUUACGUUUUUGGUUAUAUGAAAUCUAGUGUUUCCUUAUAA